UCACUUGCCUUUUUAAGGAAUAUUAACAGUGUGGAUGCACCACGCUGACACAGUACUGUAUGUCAUUUGGCUCAUGUCAUUUGAGUUACCAUUAAGGGAAGCAUCUGAGUGUGAGAGACCGCCCCAGUAUCCGCUGCUGCAUCCAACUCGCUUUCACACUUGGGUUCAUUCACACACACUUUUCCCACCGGGAUGGAGCCGCUUCAGCCAGCGCGCAGAGCCAACGGGGGACGCACACGCUUCCACUCGGUACACAUGGCUGCGAAUUUGUGGCGAACGUUCUCCACGUCCAUCUGGAUAAUAACACUAGUUUCAAGUUCGAGGACGAGGAUUUAUCCGCCCAAUGAAGUGACACUGCUGGAUACCAGGACAGUGCCAGGAGAACUGAAAUGGGCAGCCAGUCCUUCAGAGGGAGGGUGGGAAGAAGUGAGCAUUAUGGACGAGAAGAACAUCCCCAUCAGAACGUACCAGGUGUGUAACGUCCUAGAACCCAAUCAGAACAACUGGCUGAGGACGGACUGGAUCCCUCGGUCCGGCGCUCAGCGGGUCUAUGUGGAAGUCAAGUUCACCCUGAGGGACUGUAACAGCCUGCCAGGAGUCACAGGCACCUGCAAGGAGACAUUCAACCUGUACUACCAUGAGUCAAACGAAGACAGAGAGAGCUACAUCAAAGAGAGCAGCUUCAUUAAGGUGGACACAGUGGCAGCAGAUGAGAGCUUCACCCAGGUCGACGUAGGAGACCGCAUCAUGAAAUUAAACACCGAAGUGCGAGAUGUAAAGGUCACGACCCGGAAGGGCUUCUACCUGGCCUUUCAGGAUGUUGGCGCCUGCAUCGCUUUGGUUUCUGUCAGAGUUUUCUACAAAACCUGUCCGCUCACCAUUCGUAACCUGGCGACUUUUCCUGACACCGUUACCGGGGCCGACACUUCCUCCUUAGUGGAGGUCAGGGGGUCCUGUGUGAACCAGUCAGAAGAAAGAGAGGAGCCUAAAAUGUACUGUGGCGCUGAUGGAGAGUGGUUGGUUCCUAUUGGUGGAUGCUUCUGUAGCCCUGGAUAUGAAGAGAAGGGCGGCGCCUGUAAAGCCUGUUCUACUGGUUUCUAUAAGGCCAAGUCUUCUGAUGCUGGGUGCUUUAAGUGUCCUCCACACAGCCACUCGGUCAGAGACGGAGCAACCGUCUGCGACUGUCACUCUGGAUUCUUCCGUGCCGAUAGUGACCCUCCCUCCAUGGCCUGUACCCAGCCGCCAUCAGCCCCGCAGCAGCUCAUCUCUGUGGUGAAUGAGACCUCGGUGGUCCUGGAGUGGGCCCCCCCUCGCCGGUUGGGAGGCAGAAGUGACACCAGCUACAGUCUGGAGUGUCUCAUCUGUCAAAGCGGGGGCCACAGUCAGACGGGUGGCAGAGCCCUCCCAAGGAAUCGCAGUGUCUCCCUGCCCGAGGCCCAGCACGGUGGCCCAGCGAUGCAGUCGAACCAAGGCAUUGUGGGACCUGAAGUCCAGUUGGGCAGAGGAGUGUUCCAGAGCAGAGAUUACCCCCGGAUGGGCUCUGGCUCCAUCUCCAGCUCUCAGCUCUGCCUGCCCUGCGGCUCUGACGUGCUCUUCUCUCCAGGCCAGACUGGCUUAAAGACCACCAGGGUGGUGGUGAGCGAGCUCCGGGCCCACACACACUAUACCUUCAUUGUCCACGCUCGCAAUGGGGUUUCCCAGGCCAGCGGUGCAGGGGCGGCACAGAGCGUGUCGGUCAGCGUCACCACCAACCAAGCAGCUCCCUCUCCAGUGUCAUCCAUUCUUGCCAUUGAUGUCACCAGACACAGCUUGUCGUUGUCGUGGCAACAGCCGGAUCGACCCAACGGGGUCAUCCUGGAAUACGAGGUCAAGUUCUAUGAAAAGGAUCAGAAGGAGAGGUCCUACCGCAUAAUGAGGACCUUCUCUCGGAGCGUCGAUGUCACGGGCCUCAACCCCCUCACCGUGUACGUGUUUCAUGUGCGCGCUCGCACGGCUGCUGGAUACGGAGAGUUCAGCGCUCCGUUUGAGUUCUCCACCAAUUCAGAUCCCUUCCCUCUGAUUGGAGAGGGAGUUAACUCUGCCUUCCUGCUGCUGUCUGUCAGCGGGGUUGGAAUUUUACUGCUGAUAUCUGCAGCUGUCUUCAUCAUUAGUCGCAGGAGGAGCAAGUACAGCAAAACAAAGCAGGACUCUGAGGAGGAGAAACAUCUAAACCCAGGAGUCAAAAUCUACGUGGACCCGUUCACCUAUGAGGACCCCGAUCAGGCCAUCCAUGAGUUUGCCAAAGAGAUUGAUGUUAGCAGCAUUCACAUUGAAAAGGUUAUUGGCAUGGGAGAGUUUGGGGAGGUGUGCAGUGGUCGGCUUCGUGUUCAGGGAAAGAGGGAGAUCUACGUGGCCAUCAAGAGUCUGAAGGCGGGAUACUCGGACAAACAGAGACGAGACUUUUUAUCUGAGGCCUCCAUCAUGGGGCAGUUCGACCACCCCAACAUCAUCAGGCUGGAGGGUGUCGUUACAAGAUGCAAGCCAUUGAUGAUCAUCACAGAAUACAUGGAAAAUGGAUCCCUGGAUGCAUUUCUUCGGAAACACGACGGCCAGUUCACAGUGAUCCAGCUGGUCGGCAUGCUGCGGGGCAUCGCCUCAGGUAUGAAGUACCUGUCAGACAUGAGCUACGUUCACCGAGACCUGGCAGCACGAAACAUCCUGGUCAACAGCAACCUGGUGUGCAAAGUGUCUGACUUUGGCCUGAGCCGAGUUCUGGAGGACGAUCCAGAGGCCGCCUACACGACAAGGGAGGCCACUGGGACUUAUCUCUCCCCCGGAGGGAAGAUCCCCAUCAGGUGGACGGCUCCAGAGGCUAUAACCUACAGAAAGUUCACCACGGCCAGCGAUGUGUGGAGUUACGGUAUCGUCAUGUGGGAGGUGGUUUCAUACGGAGAGAGACCCUACUGGGACAUGAACAACCAGGAUGUGAUUAAAGCAAUAGAGGAGGGUUACCGUCUGCCUGCUCCUAUGGACUGUCCUGUGGUGCUGCACCAGCUCAUGUUGGACUGUUGGGAGAGAGAGCGAGCAGAGAGACCCACCUUCAGCCAGAUACUCAACAUGUUGGAUAAACUCAUUCGCAACCCUGGGACUCUGCGUCGGACAGGAGGGGACAGGUACAUUAUGCACAUAGCUGCAGGGACCAUGUUGGAGUCGGGGAUGGGUUCAGAGGUGUGUGUGUCGGUCUUACCGGAGGUGUGUGUGCCGGAGUGGUCGGUAUGUGAGUGGCUGCAGUCCAUCGGCUUGGAGAGGUACAGAGACACCCUUGCAGCAGCAGGUUACACCAGCCUUGACAGCCUCCUGGCUCUCACACACCAGGAGAUGGACAGACUUGGAAUAAUCACACCGUCACAUCAGGACAUACUAAUUGCCAGUGUGCAGCAAGAAGUGCUGUCUCAGAUGCAACACAUGCAACACUCGAUGGUUCCGGUCUGAGCUGGCGAACAGAUACAAAAACCUGUUUUUGAGAAGAGUUUCAUUUACCUCAUCUGUGCACUUUAGAGGGACUUUUCACCAGUGGAAAUACAAGGAGCCGAGGAAAGUAAGAAUACAAAGUGACAAGAAGAAGAAUAAGAAGAAGAGAGAAAAGCAGCACUUUUGUGAACUUCCAUCCUGUGGAGUUUUCUAUAAACCAUGAUCUGGACGUGGCCACAGCUAAGGUUGAGCUACUGAGAGCUGAGAGCGACGCCUCAUCCUCCUAUCCAGUUCUAUUUUUUCCCUUGUUUUCUUAUCUGUUUCGUGAAGGCUGACACGUGCAUAAGCAGAAUGGCUUCCAACAUUUUUUUUUUCUUUUGCUGCUUUGUGCUUGACUUGAAUAAACUGUGUUUGCUCGUACGUCUGUGCGUGCGUGUGUGUGUGCGUGUGUGCAGUACGUGUGUAUGUGUGUAGCGUGAAUGCAUCCAACAUGGAAUCUCCCUUGUUAAGAUGUCAGCUUUUGAAUAAUCUUUGAAUAAUCUUAAUAUGCAACGUUAAAGAGAGUGGGAGGAGCCAGACAGAAUGUAUCAUUACAAGCUCUUAAUAGUUUCAUACUGGAGGAUCAUGCUAACAAACUGUAUGAUUUGCUUAUGUUUAGUUUUUUUAAUUUUGAAUUAUAUGAAGUAUUGUUUCUGUUAAAUUAGACAUUUAGAUUAGAACGUCCUCCAUCGGUGUCUGUGUAUGCGUCUGUUGUUGAAUGCUAAAAGUUAGCUACAUGAAGCAUUUUGUUUAUUUAUGGUCCUUUUUCUAUCUAGUUUGUACAUUGUAAAAUAGAAACACUGAGGAGAUAUUGUAAUGAGUGCCAUAUUGCAUUGCAAUAAAUGCCAAACCCAUCCAUGUA